AUGUUGAAAUUUUUGGGAUCUUAUAAUGAAAGAGUAAAAAAGAAUGUUUUGGAAAAUGCUCCAAAAAAUGCUAAGUAUACUUCAAAUGAUGUCCAAAAAGAAAUUCUACAUAUUCUUGCUACUAAGGUGAGAAAUUCAAUUAGAGAAGAGAUUGGAGAUGCCAAAUUUUGUAUUAUUGUUGAUGAAGCUAGAGAUGAAUCUAAAAAGGAGCAAAUGGCCAUUGUUUUGAGAUUUGUUACUCUAGAUGGUUUUGUUAAAGAGAGAUUCUUUGAUCUUGAGCAUGUCACUGAUACUUGUGCAACAACUUUAAAGAAAGAAUUGAUUUCUGUCCUUUCUCAUUAUAAUCUCCAAGUUGAAAAUAUUAGGGGUCAAGGGUUACAAUUAGCAUUGGUAGCAGCUUCAAGAGAGGUACUUCAAAUUCAUGAAUUUUUUACUCAAUUAAAUUCUAUUGUCACUAUUGUUAGUGCUUCUUCAAAAAGACAUGAUCAAUUACAAGAAGCUCAAGCAAUUGAAAAUGCAAACUUGGUUGCUCAAAAUGAAUUAGAAACAGGCAAAGGUGCGAAUCAAAUAAGCACUUUACAAAGAGCUGAGGAUACUCGAUGGAGCUCUCACUUUAAUUCUAUUUGCAGUUUGGUAAAAAUGUUUACUGCUACCAAUAUUGUUCUCAAUAAUAUCAUUGAAGAUGGGACAACUUAUGCACAAAGAGGUGAGGCUUAUGGUGUUAGUAAAAUAUUAUUGUCAUUUGAAUUUGUUUUCACUUUGCACUUGAUGAAAGAAAUUAUGGGAAUCACUAAUGUUCUUUGCCAAGCACUGCAACAAUAA